AUGGCACUUACAGCUACCCCAAGGACAGCAACUUUUUGUGGAGACGUAAGAAAAAUGGAUGCUAGACUCAAUCACCAAUAUUCUGAAAGAGCAAAUGGGUUAAGCAACCCUCUCGCAAAGUCUUUGCUUGCUUUAAUGGAGGAAAAGCAAUCGAAUCUGUCUGUUGCCGUUGACUUGACGAAAAAAGCUGACAUCCUUGCUCUCGUUGAUAAAAUUGGUCCUUUUGUAUGUGUUAUUAAAACGCAUGUCGAUGUCAUUGAAGAUUUUGAUCAAGACUUCGUUCAGCAAUUGACUGCCCUUUCUAAGAAACAUCGAUUCUUCAUUUUCGAGGACCGUAAAUUUGCCGAUAUUGGAAAUACUGUCAAGCUCCAAUACUCUUCUGGUGUUUACAAAAUUGCUUCUUGGGCCCAUAUUACUAACUGUCAUACCGUUCCUGGAGAAGGCAUUGUUCAGGGUUUAAAGGAAGUUGGCUUACCUCUUGGUCGCGGUUUGCUUCUCUUGGCAGAAAUGUCUUCCAAGGGAAGCCUUGCCACUGGCUCCUACACACAGAAUACUUUAGAAUGGGCCGAAAAGCAUAGUGACUUUUGCAUUGGCUUCAUUGCUGGUCGUCGUUUCCCCAACCUUCAGCAUGAUUUUAUCACCAUGUCUCCCGGUAUUGGGUUGGAUGUUAAGGGCGACGGUAUGGGCCAGCAAUACCGUACACCCCAUGAGGUUAUUGUGAAUUGUGGCAGCGAUAUUAUUAUUGUUGGUCGUGGAAUCUAUGGUGCUGGCCGGGACCCUCUGGUUGAAGCCCAACGUUACAAAAAAGCAGGUUGGGAUGCCUACCAAAAACGUCUUACCAGAAAAUAG